AUGAUUAACAUGUUUGUGGUGGACGGAGAGCCGGUACUGCUGAUCCCAGUGAGCAUGGUGGUUACGUUUGGAGAGAGGUUCCCGCUUGAGUCCAGGACUCGAACCUUGAAAUCUCGUCGUGAAAGGAGCAGCAGCCGCAAAGGAUGGAGUUUAGAAUUCAGCCGUGGCCAGAGAAUGCUUCUUGCAAAGGAGAUCCAGAAACUUGAUAAGCUAAAGGGUUCUACUGAGAGACUCCACGAAGAGAUCAAGAUCAACUUCGUCGAGUAUUUCCGAAACCGGAAUCUGGUUCCGAUCUCAGGAAAAUUCAAUGCCAACAAUAUCACCCAGGAAUUGAAUCUGUUAGAGAGGUCUCCAAGAUGCUGUCAGGUAUUGGUGCAAAUGCAGGAGUCUGCAAGUCGAAUUCUCGUGCGGAUCAAGAUGACAUUCUACAGGAUCGACGAUCGCAUGAAAAGCAGGACGCAUUUGAAGGCAGUGGUGAUGCGGGUAUUCGAAGACAAGAACUACAUUUUUUCUUCCUUCAAAACCGGCCUGGUACUGGAGAAGAUGGAGAUCACGACGGUAGGGUGA